ACACCAGCCUGUGCAUGCUCGGUCUGACAGUUCUAGUUCCGUGACCGCUGAGAUAGAAAUGUGUCAUUCAUGAAUAUAAAACGUCGUAAAUGUAGCACUGCAUUUAAAUCGAGGGCGUUGUGAUAUUUUAAUCAAAACUAUGGCUCGGGUUGUGAAAGUGUUUCGGACUCUGCGGAAUAACUGGAAGAAGUCCACAUUUGCUGUGUGCGUCCUGUCCUACGGGGGCUACUGGCUGAAUGGUAAAUACUGUGAUAGUGUUCUGCGGAGAGAGGCUUGUCUCGUCGCCAGGGAAUUCGGGCGUCAACAGAUCGCACCGCAGGAGCGUCUGAGGAAAGCAACAGUGAUCUUGAAUCCUGCCGCUUGCAGCGGGAAAGCCAACAAACUGUUUGAAAAGAACGCUGCUCCGCUUUUACACCUGGCUGGUGUGGAGAUUACAAUAGUAAAGACGGAUUAUGAAGGCCAGGCAAAGAAAUUGAUGGAGCUCAUGGAACAGACGGACAUGCUCAUUGUGGCCGGAGGGGAUGGCACCUUGCAGGAAGUCGUCACAGGUUUACUGCGAAGAGCAGAUCAAGACACAGUCUGUAACAUCCCGAUUGGAUUAAUUCCACUGGGCACUCACAAUACCCUGAGUCCAAGUCUUCACCUCCUCAGCGACAACAAGGUCAAAGACAUUACAUCAGCAACACUGUCCAUUCUUCAGGGAGAAACCGUUCCUCUGGAUGUGCUGCAAAUCAAAGGGGAGAAAGAGCAGCCAGUCUUUGCUCUGACGGGACUACGUUGGGGUGCUUUUAGAGAUGUGGCUACAACAAUCAGCAAAUAUUGGUACCUUGGACCACUGAAGACCAACGCAGCACAUUGGUUUAGUACUCUACGGGAGUGGCCCCUGGUCCGUGAGAUCUCAGUGUCCUACCUGGCUCCCAGCCUGCGGCCCCCUGAAGUGAACCCUCAGAAGCCCCCCAGACCCAACCUGCUGUCCCGCAUCAUCUGCAGGCUGCAAAACCGCUGGAGCCCUCCCGUCGAAGAACCUCCAAAAGUGGAAGAGCCGGAGCAGUGGAAGGAGGAGCAUCUGUCGACGUUAGAGCUGUUUAUUCAAACGCAGAACAAAAACCCAAUGGAGAGGCGCGUGAAUGACUCUCUGAUGAUCUGUGCCGAACCGGACAACUUCACAGUGGGCGAAUACAUCACCGUCGGGAGUAAAAAAGUAGAGGACUCCUCUGCAUUCACCAAAGACUCCACUAAACUGGAAGCCAGUGCUUGUCAGCUGCAGCUGCCCGAGGGUGCGGCCGGCUUCUACAACAUCGACAACGAGGAGUACGAGGCCAUGCCUGUCGAGGUAAGGCUGUUGCCACGGAAACUCCGUUUCUUCAUCAGUGCAGAGCGCAGAGAGCAGCUCCUCGCACUGACGCACGGAUGAACAAACAUUGAACCAGAAAGGAGAGAAGAACAGCGUGGAGAAAACUGAACCACAAAAGCAAAGAAGUCAGACGCCUCGAGACUCUGGAGGCAGACGGAUGUCGGCUGCUCCAGCAGUUUGAAAUGCUCCUGAAGUACCGAUGUGGUUUCACGACGUGUAGACAUUCAAUGGAACAAUAAUAAGGAGGAUUACAUUACAUGCUGUUGUAUACUACAGGACCAAGGCUUUGUUUCUUUAAGCCAGUAACCCGUGUACUUGGUUGUCUUACAAAAAUACUUUGUUUACUAGUCCCAUCAUAUUUGACCUUGGUCAAUAAAAAAAUGUUUCUGUCCAAUUCAACACAAAGU